AUGAUAUCAGAAGAACAAAUGAAACACAUACUGGAGGCCCUGCAGGCCAGCUUCAUGGCACUACUCACGGAAAUGCAGCGGAAUUGGGGACCGGCAUCCAGAGAGAACAAGAGGAAACAGAUCGAACAACGGAUCACCGAGUUCGUUUACGAUCCAGAGGGAGGAGUGAAUUUCGAAGCCUGGUUUCGAAAGUACGAAGGACUGUUCGAAAAGGAGGGAGCAGAACUGGACGACAAGACGAAAGUGGAAAUCAUUCUGCUAAAACUGGCCCAGCGGGAACACGAGCGGUACGUAAUGUUCAUUCUGCCUCAGAAACCACCAGAUGUCUCGUUUAAGGACACGGUCAAGCAUUUGGAAGCAUUGCUCUGUUUUACAAAGUCGUUAUUCAAUCGACGUUAUGAAUGUUUCAAGUUAGAACGUAAGCCUGAAGAAGACUAUUUUGACUUGGCCGGUCGAGUUAGGUAUACUUUUCAGCAAGCCGAGCUAGAACAGGCCACCAGCCCACAGAUUAAAGCAUUAUUUUUCAUUAAGUCGUUGACGUCGCGAGAAGAUGCAGAUGUGUGCACGCGGUUACUCGCCCAGCUAGACCAGAAAGGCGAUAUGACAGUACAGGACCUGGCGGAGGAAUGUGUCCGAAUCACAAAUAUCAAGCAAGAUACCCGGCUUAUUGGAAGCACAAAUAGUCAGCCAGCUUACGUUUUUGACACAAAAUCGAGACAAUCACAACCGAAUAGAGUUUCUCCACGGAAGCCAAAGACGGCUUGUUGAUUGUUCGGCGGCUGGCACUACGUGAGUGAAUGUCCCUAUCGUAUUAGGAAGUGCUAAAAAUGUUCCCGUGUUGGCCAUAAAGCUUCACAAUGCAGAGCAGCGCACACUAGCCCAAGAAAGAAUUGCCAUGUCGUUUUAGAAGACGAUUCGCAUGUACUCAACUGUGAACACCGGAAAUACCUGACAGUGAAUAUUAACGAAAAGCCGACCACAUUACAAGUAGACACAGCUUCUGAUCUAACCAUAAUCAGCAUGCGAACAUGGGAGGACAUCGGUUCUCCAGAACUGAGACCAUCAGAGAUCAUAGCGUGGGCGUCGAACCAGACGCGUAUGGAAUUUGAAGGUGCUUUCCAGGCGACUGUCAGUUUUCGAAAGAUGGCGUGCCUCGCAGAUGUCUAUGUGUCGAAGACCCGUAACAAUCUUCACGGAAAUAAGACGAUCUCCGAACUGGCAUUGUGGAACUGUCUCUUUGACGAAAUUUGCAGCGCGGUGCACAACACUACUGAGGAGGUCCUGAAGAAUUAGUGUAUGGAACGCAUGGAGAACGCGGUCGGCAGGUACACGAAGACGAAGAUAAGUUUGAAAGUGAAGCCGGAGAAAAAGCCAGUCUUCAAGCAGAGCCGACGAGUCCCGUUUGCGGUGCAGUCGUCCGUAGAAGCUGAACUAGAAAGACUACAGACAAAGGGCAUAAUCUAUCCUACCAAUUAUUCAGCUUGGGCUGCUCCAGUCGUGGCAGUGAAGAAACCCAACGGACAAAUACGAUUAUGAGUGGAUUAUUCAACGGUCCUGAAUGACGCACUAGAAGAUUAUAAUUACCCGCUGCCAACCUUAGAGCAGAUUUUUGCUACUCUCAAUGGAGGGAAAGUCUUUGCAAGGAUCUAUCUAUCCGAAGCUUACUUGCAAAUUGAGGUGGGCGAGAAAUCACAGAAACUUUUGACCAUAAAUACGCAUAAGGGUCUCUUCAGAUAUACUCGUCUAAACUACGGCGUGAAAACGGCACCCAGUUUGUUCCAGCAGAUCAUGCGCGCAAUGCUUACGAAUGUUCCCGGGACUAUUGCAUAUCUGGACGAUAUUUUGGUUGUUGGUAGCUCAGAGGAAGAGCUGACUCAAAGGCUGGACCAGGUUGUGGACAAUCUGCUCGACUACGGCCUUAAGAUCAAUAUGGAGAAAAGUGAAUUUUUGCGGAAGGAGAUCCACUACCUCGGAUUCAUUGUCAACGAUAAUGGGCGUGCACCUGACCCAGAGAGGGUGAAGGCAUUCCUGAACAUGAAAGUGCCGAAGAACACGAAGGAGCUGCGAUCGUUUAUGGGGUUGGUCAGCUACAAGAGUCCCUUCAUCACUGGGUUGCACAGUUUAAAACCUCCACUCAGACGACUUCUGUGCAAGGACGUGGAGUUUAUUUGGUCACCAGAAUGUCAAAACGCAUUUGAUGCCAUAAAGACAAAGAUAUGCGACUCAACUAUGCUAUCGCGCUUCGAGGCUGACAAAGAAACCAUUGUCCAGGCAGACGCCUCUGAUUACGGCUUAGGCGGAGUGCUCCUUCAGAAGGACGCAGAUGGGAGAGUCCAGCCCAUCAUGCAUGCCGCCAGGUCACUGACGAAGGCAGAACGGAAUUAUAGCCAGAUUGAAAAGGAGGCACUGGCCAUUAUCUUCGCCGUACAGAGAUUUCAUCUGUUCAUUUAUGGCAGACCCUUCACACUGCACACUGAUCAUCAACCACUAAAGUUCCUUUGGGGUGCUAACCGUGGUGUUCCCCAGAACAUAGCUAGGAGAAUACAACGCUGGAGUACUAUUCUUCAAAACUAUGCCUUUCAGAUCCAAUAUGUGUCCACUCAGAAGUUUGGAGUUCCGGACGCUUUAUCACGACUGAGUACAGGCAACGAAAAUCAAGGGGACAUGGUUGUCGCAAGUACGCUAAUGCAAGAUGAUGACAAGUUUAGAGGUGUCAUCCGACAGUUGCCGCUCACAGCCGAGCACAUCAGGGCCACCACUGCAGCAGACCCACUUUUGCGCCAGGUGAAAGAGUCUACUCGGAACGGUUGGCUCAGCGACGACAAAGUACACCCAUCGAUAAAGCCUUUCAGGAACAGAAAGGAACAGUUGUAUAUCACGGAAGACUGCAUAAUGUGCGAUGGUAAAGUGGUGAUUUCAGCCAGAUAUCAGCAGUAA